AUGACCCUUCGCUUUUUGCUUCUGACCUCCCUUUUCCUGCUCAUCUCCGAUUCCUGUGAGUUCUUCACUGAAGCCAGUUAUCCCCGAAGCUAUCCUUGCGAUGUGAAAAACAAAAAUGGCUCUUUUAUUGCAGAAUGUAACAGUCGUCGAUUACAGGAAGUACCCCAAACAGUGGACAAAGCUGUGACAGAAGUAGACCUGUCUGAUAAUUUCAUCACAUGUAUAACGAAUGAAUCCUUUCAAGGGCUGCAAAAUCUGACUAAAAUCAACCUGAACCAUAAUGCCAAGUCCCAGAGUGGAAAUCCUGCUGUAAAGAAAGCUAUGACUAUUACAGAUGGGGCAUUUCUCAACCUCAAACACCUAAGGGAGUUGCUGCUGGAAGACAACCAGUUACAAGAAAUACCGGCUGGUUUGCCAGAAUCUUUGAAAGAACUUAGUCUAAUUCAAAACAACAUAAUUACGUUAACGAAAAAGAACACUUCUGGACUUGGGAACCUGGAACGUCUCUAUUUGGGCUGGAACUGUUAUUUUGCUUGUAAUAAAAAAUUUAGCAUAGAAAAUGGAGCAUUCCAAAACCUUACCAAGUUGAAGGUGCUGUCAUUAUCUUUUAAUCCCCUUCACAGCGUGCCACCGAGUCUGCCAAGCUCGCUAACAGAACUCUACCUUAGCAAUACCCAUAUUGGAAACGUCAGUGAAGAAGACUUCAAGGAACUGAGCAAUUUAAGAGUACUAGAUUUAAGUGGAAACUGCCCGAGAUGUUUUAAUGCUCCGUUUCCCUGUGUACCUUGCCAAGGAGGUGCUUCAAUUCAGAUACACCCUCUUGCUUUUCAAACCCUGACCCAACUUCGCUACCUAAACCUCUCUAGCACUUCACUCCGGAAGGUUCCUGCCAGGUGGUUUGACAACAUGCACAAUCUGAAGGUGUUGGAUCUUGAAUUCAACUAUUUAAUGGAUGAAAUAGCCUCGGGGGAAUUUUUGACAAAAUUGCCCUCCUUAGAAAUACUUGAUUUAUCUUACAACUACGAACUGAAAAAAUAUCCUCAGCACAUUAACAUUUCCAAAAAUUUCUCGAAGCUUAUAUCUCUCCAGAUGUUGCAUUUAAGAGGUUAUGUGUUCCAGGAACUUAGAAGGAAAGAUUUCAAGCCCCUGCAGCACCUCUCAAAUUUAACGACUAUCAACUUGGGCGUUAACUUUAUUAAGCAGAUUGAUUUUAGCAUUUUCCACUGGUUCCCCAACCUGAAAAUCAUUUACUUGUCAGAAAACAGAAUAUCGCCCCUGGUCAGUGAUACUGAGCAACAUGAUGCAAAUGGGACCUUUUUCCAGAGUCACAUCCUGAAGCGACGCUCAGCUGACAUUCAAUUUGACCCACAUUCGAAUUUUUAUCAUAACACCCAUCCUUUAAUAAAGACAGAAUGUUCACGUCUUGGCAAUGCCUUAGAUUUAAGCUUGAACAGUAUUUUCUUUAUUGGGGUAAACCAGUUUAAAGAUUUUGGAAACAUUUCCUGUUUAAAUCUGUCUUCAAAUGGCAAUGGCCAGGUGUUAAAUGGAACGGAAUUUUCACGCUUGUCUGGUAUCAAGUAUUUGGAUUUGACAAACAAUAGACUAGACUUUGAUGAUGAUGCUGCUUUCAGUGAGUUGCCGUUGUUGGAAGUUCUCGAUCUCAGCUACAAUGCGCACUAUUUCCGAAUAGCAGGGGUAACGCACCGUCUAGGGUUUAUUGAACAUUUAACUAACCUGAGAGUUUUAAACUUGAGCAACAAUGACAUUUUUACUUUAACAGAAACACAACUGAAAAGCGCGUCCCUAGGAGAAUUAGUUUUCAGUGGGAACCGCCUUGACCUUCUGUGGAAUGCUCAAGAUGUCAGGUACUGGCAAAUUUUUCAAAAUCUCACCAAUCUGACCCGGCUUGACUUAGCCCGUAAUAACCUUCAGCAUAUCUCCAGUCAGGCCUUCCUUAACUUGCCCAGGACUCUCACUGACCUAUAUAUAAAUGAUAACAUGUUAAAUUUCUUUAACUGGUCAUUACUGGAAUACUUCCCUCACCUCAGGUUGCUUGACUUAAGUGGAAACCAGCUGUUCUUUUUAACCAAUAGCCUAUCUACAUUUGCAUCUUCUCUUGAGACGCUACUACUGAGUCGAAACAGAAUUUCCCACCUGCCAUCUGACUUUCUUUCUGGAGCCAGCAGCCUGAUACACCUCGAUUUGAGCUCCAACCAGCUCAAGAUGCUCAACAGAUCCACGUUUGAAACGAAGACCGCCACCAAGUUAACCAUUUUGGAACUAGGGAGUAACCCUUUCGACUGUACCUGUGACUUCGGAGAUUUUCGAGAAUGGAUGGACGGAAAUCUGAACGUCAGGGUUCCCAGACUGACCGAUGUCCUUUGUGCCAGUCCCGGGGAUCAAGAAGGCAAGAGCAUUGUGAGUCUAGACCUCACCACUUGUGUUUCAGAUACCAUUGCGGCCAUAUUCUGUUUCUUAACCUUUUCUGUCACCAUCUCAGUGAUGCUGGCUGCCCUGGCCCACCACUGGUUUUACUGGGAUGCUUGGUUUAUCUACCAUGUGUGCUUAGCUAAGGUCAAAGGCUACAGGUCUCUGUCCACAUCCCAGACUUUCUACGAUGCUUAUGUUUCUUAUGACACCAAAGAUGCUUCUGUCACGGACUGGGUGAUCAAUGAAUUGCGCUUCCACCUGGAAGAGAGUGAGGACAAGAAUGUGCUCCUGUGUUUAGAGGAAAGGGAUUGGGACCCGGGUCUAGCCAUCAUCGACAACCUCAUGCAGAGCAUCAACCAAAGCAAGAAAACAAUAUUUGUUUUAACCAAAAAAUAUGCCAAAAACUGGAAUUUUAAAACGGCAUUCUACUUGGCCUUGCAGAGGCUAAUGGAGGAGAAUAUGGAUGUGAUUGUCUUUAUUCUGCUGGAGCCAGUGUUGCAGCAUUCGCAGUAUUUGAGGCUGCGGCAGAGGAUCUGCAAGAGUUCCAUCCUCCAGUGGCCUGAUAACCCCAAGGCGGAAGGCUUGUUUUGGCAGAGUCUGAAAAACGUCGUCCUAACAGCCAACGAUUCACGGUAUAACAACUUGUAUGUCAAUUCCAUUAAGCAGUACUAA